UGACCUAUCAACUUUUUUUUCCAAUAUUGGCCAUAUUUAUUUCAUGCCUAUCCGUUUCUGAAAGAGUAACCGGUGCCAUAAUGUAUUAAACUAUUAAAGUAAAGCAGGGAAUCAAACCGUAAAUGUGAUGUUUGAAACCGUACGGUGUCGCUGUUUGUUGUUGCGCAGAGUUGGUUCGGCCCACGCGCGGAUCGGUCGCAGCUCCAGGAGCGCGCGAGGCGAGCUCAGCAGAAGCAGGCAGCAGAAAGAGAAGGCACGAGCGAGGAGAGGAGCGAAGACAGAGGGUAAAAAACGCGCCGAGGCGCACAAACACACAAACCAUGGCGAGCGGAACGACGUGCAGGAGGAGGACUCUAUCGGAUUAUGGAAUGCCACUCUCGGCGCCUUUCCUCAUCCUUUUCGGACUCACGGGUGUGAUUGGAAACGGCGUUUUUGUUCCUGCGAGAGUGAACGCGGUGCUGGGCAAGAACAUCACACUUAGCUGCAGGAUAGAGCUAGGAUCUAACCUGAGUCUCACACAGAUCUCCUGGGAACGCCGUCUUCCUUCAGGCACCAUUAACCUGGCAGUGUUCAAUCCCAAGUAUGGAACCUCAUAUUCUCCAGAUUACGGCAAGCGCAUCUCGUUUGUUUCCCCUUCCGUAAGAGAUGCCACCGUUACCCUCGAAGGAGUGACUUUUGCCGAUGACGGACCCUACAUCUGCAAAGUGGUGACCUUUCCUCUGGGCAAUACACAAGCAACAGCCGUGGUUAAUGUAUUAGUGGCGCCGAAAGUGUACGUGUCGGCGGGCCCAGCGGCCCUGCUGGACGGUGGCGACGAGUCACUGGUGGCUACCUGCAUAGCGGAGCGCGGCCGCCCCACCGCCGAGGUCUUCUGGGAGACGGAGCUGUACGGGCGGUCCGAGAGGCAGAACCAGGAUGAGGCCAACGGCACCACCACCGUGCAGGUGCGCUACAUGUGGCAGCCGCUGAGCUACGCCCAGGGGAAGACGCUCACCUGCGUGGUGCGCCACCCGGCCCUGCAGACAGAGUUCCGCAUUCCCUACAAGCUGAACGUUCACUUUGCACCGGUUAUUUCAGUACAAGGGAUUGAAAAGAACUGGUAUGUUGGCCAAGCAAAUGUAAAAUUCACCUGUGCUGCCAAAGCCAACCCACCUGCUCGUUCCUUUACGUGGAUCAGGUUGGAUGGGUUGGUUCCUGACGGUGUUGAGAUCUCAAACACCAGCCUUACUUUUACCCGCCGGCUGCAGCGCAACGAUUCUGCCAUCUACCGCUGUGAAGUGACGAACGACGUUGGCCUCCGCAGCCGGGACGUGAAUUUCUGGGUUCAAGAUCCUCCCCCCACCACUGCAGCCCCCAGCACCACCGCUUCCCCUUUCCACGACACCUCCGGAACGAACACAGCUCUGGGCCGGAAGAAUGCCCUGUUCACCUCCCCCACCCGGGCCUCCAUCCCUGACAGCAGCCUGGGCACCAUAGUCGGCGGGGCGGUGGGUGGAGUUCUCUUCCUCAUCCUGUUGUUGAUCCUGGGCGGAGCCUGUUUCAUGCGCCAGCGCCGAACCUUCAGAGGGGACUACUACACCAAACAGUACCUGGGACCCUCCGACAUGCAGAAGGAGUCUCAGGUGGACGUGCUGCAGCCGCACGAGCUGCAGGAGGUUUACGGGGACAAAGUGAGCAAGGGCAGCCAGGAGCUGAAGCCCAAACUGGGCGGGGACAUUAUUUACCCCGACUACACCCCUGAGCGGAAGGACAGGGCCGACUGGGCCGACAGGGGGGACGAACACCGGGGCAUCAAGGAUGGAAACUACUUCACAGAUCACUACAACACCCAGAACAUGCACCCCUGUGGGCCUCCUGUACACAGCCCCAUUGUGAACAACGGCUCCCCCUACCUCCCGGAUGACUGCUAUGACAAUGGUACGGACAGCGACUACGUGUCCCACAUGGACGGAUCUGUGAUUUCACGCAGGGAGUGGUAUGUUUGAGGGAAGAUGCAAACAGAACAAUGGACAUCUGACUGAGAAUAGGUCAACAAGUGACAGAUAAAAAGGAUGUGUUAUUUCUGUCAAAGAUCAAUUUUGAAUUUUUUUCAGUUUCACAGUGAGCUCUUUGAGUAAUCCAGCUCUGCCUUGAUUGUAACCACUUAACCUUAAAGAUAUUUUUGUGGAUUGUAGUACAGUUUUGCAGCGAAGAGCUGCAAAUACGCUGGAACGCCUCAGAGAUAUUAACUGUUUUUGCUUAGGCAUACAAUGAAGUUUUGACUGAUGUGAAUGGGGUUUUGUGUUCUGCUUGUUUGUGUUUGCACCUGUCUUUUUUACAGGUCAGAGGUCAGGUGUUCAGACCUUCAAUGGUGUAGUAUUUAUACCCCGGACUGACUGAGCUUUGCUUAAAAAAAACUCAACUUCUGUGGCGUUUAGAAAAUGGUCUCUUGACUGCUUUGUGCGUUUUCACACGGAUGAAAUGUUUAACACGGCCGCAAUCAGCAUUUAAAGCAAAUUUAAUCGCAUGUUUUUGAAACCCAAAAGUAACAUUUAGUAAAAGGGAAAGUCACGUGAUUAAAAGGGAGAAUUGCACGGGCGUUGUACCGAGGGAAAAGCAGGCAUCGAUGGGAGUACAUUACACUAAACUACAUAAAACUUUUUGGUACAUUUGUCCUUUUGCAAACUCUCAGAAUGUCAUGUAAGUCUGUGGAGUGGUUAAAGAGACCACUUCUUCUGAAAAGCACUUUUUCUCCUAAAAUUGUUGUCUUAAAAUUGCCGUUCAUAAUGGUUACCAUCAGCAAUUAAAACUUGAAGUUCAAGUACACAAACUCCACCAACCUGGGCUGCUUCAAAACAAACAUUACUGAAACAAUCCUUUUACUGCAGUCUGAUUGAAAUGCACAUUACUCAGAAACAUUUUCAAACAUCUGCAGGAUUGUGUAAAAAAAAUUGCUUAUCCGGACAGUUUUUGUGCAGCUUAAUGCUGGCAGCUCUUCACAUAAAAGUUCACUGCAGUUUCUUCUUCUUGUCAUUUCUCACAAAAGCUAGAGUAGCAAGGUAUUAAAAAAAAGGCGCAGGCAGUGAGUUCUGCUUUUGUCGUCAGACAGGAUUGUAGGUUUAUGCUAAUUUUUCAAGUUGCAGCCUGACAGCACUUUUAUCAUGCUCUGCCAUCUGAGAGCAGCACUUUUUCCCCAAAGAAAUCAAGAUUUGCCAGAAUUCAGUGUCUUCUUUCCAACACAGUGGUUUUUAUCUGGGGGGGGGGGUUCGAAAAAUGAAUCCAGUUUAUUGAUUUCCUCGAUUUUUCAUUCAGCGUUCAUGCCUUAGGAGUGAACUACUCCUUUAAAACGUGGUUCAGUUUCACAGUAGAUACAACCCGGAAAUCACUGUUUGGUUUUGAUUUCUGGUUGUGAUCAGUGCUGAUCAUCUCUGUGGUUUACAGGUAAAUACAGGUGAAACUGAUGCGGUGUUAAGACUGUAAAGGCCGGUACAUGUGAAGGUCAAGUGCAAGGCAGUAAGAUCUAGUGUUCAACCGGAGCCUCUCAGUAUCAUCGUUUUUGAUCGUUUCUGCUGGGCCAGACCUAAAAACCGGUUUCGUCUGGUGCAGGAGGCGUCUCAUACAGACCAUUUUAAAAAUAUACAGUUAGUUCCACUUUUAGAUAAAAUUGCUUCAACAUAAAUAUGAAGUGAAAUUAGGAAAUCCCCUCAUAGCUUUUCAGUUUGCUUCUAUUUGUUGGUUUAAACUAACAGAAUAGUCCGGUAGCACCGGGCAGGAGGUCAGAGCAUCACUUUUAUCAGUUGGAUUAAAAAAUACAGCUUAAAGCAUGAAGAUUUUCAGUUUUGAUCUGUAGACUGUUGUUAAAGUGACAGAAAUUCAGAAUAAACAGCAACGGGUUCAGUCUGGUAAAGAGCUUUAAUUUGAUGUAAUGAUGUGGAUCUCAGUCUGGAAAACCAACCAGGUUCUUAACCAGAACCAGGUAAGAACCAGCUCUAGUACCAGCCCUGGGACCUCUUCAGUGGAAAAACUAAAUCGGGCACAGUAACGGCCUGAAAACCAAACCGCAACCGAGUUACACGCGUGUUCUUUAACUGUUUAAAAAAAUGAGUCUGGAUUACGGCGUGGACCAUCACGGUCACCGUCAUUUAAAAAAAAACAACUCAGCUUUAGCACAGCUCUCUUAUUACAGUUUUCUGCAAACUUCAAAAACAGAGCAGCCAGGCUUAGGCCUUCUCCACCUAACCCUGAUAACAGGCUUCUCCCCUGAAGGGUUCCUGACUCUUCCCUCUGAGAUCAACACCAGUCGCUUCAUAUAGUUCUUAUAAACGUAAUAAAUCUGUUACCAACACCAGAUGUGACUCCAGCAGCUGUCAUCAUCUGACAUUAUGUGGCUGCGGAGACUACCAGAUGCCGCUCGGCGAGCUGGUGUCAUGCUUUGAGAUGGCAAACACACACACACACACACAAAAAGAAAGAAACGAAGAGGGAGCGACGCAUAAGGGAUCCUUCUGUUUUAGGACGACUUUUCUUUAUUCCAAUCGGUUGGAAAGAGUGAGCAGCUGACGUCACUGCUGAACAGGCUGUAAUGUUGAGGUUUGGCUCCUUCGAGGGAUCCGCAGCGAUCAUGGAAACGAAACUCAAUCCACCAGUCAAAAAAAAAAAAAAAAAAAGCUUCAGAACUGUGUAGGUCACAGCUGAAUGUUUAAUGCCUCCCCAAGGGUUGGAAACAUGCAUUUUUCUUUCUUUCAUUUUUUUUUUAUACAAACAACAAAUCCUGUGAAAUUAAGUAGAAACAAAAGAGCUGACCUCAUCAGUGAUCUCAUCUCUCCAUGCCUGAUUUGACCUCACGUUUUUUUCCACUCAGCGCUUUGUUUCGUUUCCUCUGGAAUGACACACGAAUCAAAGGCGUUUUUGUUUAAUCUUCUGUGAAAAGGAAAACCUUUGGAAGCAUCCUCUGUUAGUCAGGGUGUUUGUUGCCAGAAAACUGACCAUCCAUGUGUGUUUAAAGGCAGAGUGUUGGCUAUACUUUGAGGUCUUCCUUUUUUUAUAUAUAUUAGGGGUUUUUGUACAUCUGAGUGCACUUCUCCACCCUGGUUUUCUCGUGCCAGGUCGAAGGUUCAGAUGUCUUAGAAUAAACCGCUUUAAUCUCUUCAGCUCUCGCCCUCGCACACGCAGCGUUUGCCUCACAUCUGCCACUGCAGCCCACAUUCAAAGCGAGCAGUCCUCACCUCAAACCUUCGGCUUUUUAAUCAACUUUUUUUUUAUCACACUUGGCAGCAGAAGCGCUCAUACCCCCGUGAUAUACUGCACAUUCGUGUCUGCGUGCACUUUUCUUUUUUUUAUUUUUUUAUGACUGAUUCUAUGACUGAGCUUCAGUUACUUUUUAGGAAAGCCGCUACACGCAAACCGCCGAGGAUCUUUAAAUCUUUUAUUUUGAAAAGGCUGAUGAAAGAAAGCAACUUAUGUGAUGAAUGUUUUUUUUUUUCUAAAAGUUGUUUUGGUUUGUUGCUCACGACUGGUUGCAUGUACGGUUAUUUGCUGCCAACAACGCUUUAUUUUCUGUCAUUAAUGUUUAUAUACAUGUACAUACUUUGGAUAGUAUUAGAGUGGGAUUCAUAUUUUGUUUCUUUUUUUUUUUACUUUCAUGUUCUGUUUGUUCUGGACUUCCCUACUGAAUAGCUAGUGCCUUAAAUGGGCUGAGCAAUGCACAGAAACUUUAAAAGCUGACAGCAUUAUUGCAAAGAUAUUAAUGAUAUUAAGAGCGGACAUGUUAUCAUAAUGUGUAUCCCAUCUUCGUAUUUAAGUUUUGUUGUUUUCAAAGCAUCUGACUAGACUAAAGGUUGAUUAUCAUGCCUUAUAGGAGAGGACACGUGUAACAAGUUGGUUACAGAGAAAACUGUAAUAAAAGGAAAGUUUCACUGGGAAUUUAUUCAAGCCAGACUUAUAGAAAAUAUUGUCCUGUAAAUAUGCUGGCUUUUAUAUUAUUAUAAAAAAAAUCUUAUUUUUUGUAUGAGGUCUGUAAUUUUCACAGAAUAUUACUUUGUCCUAUGAGCUUCCGCAGGGGCUCCUGUCUCACUAAGAAUUAGAUGGAGAUCCUGUUUCCACUGCAUUUUUGUAUCUGUUCUCGGGAGUUUGACCAAUUAUUUUGUAUGGUGUUCUUUGGAUGAUUGACGUCUCACAGGAGUCCGAGACGAACGGGUGGUAGAUUACCUUUUUGUUCAUUUCUUUGCAAUAAAACCACCGUUAUUGCACUCA